GGCGCGCCCUUUGGUUUCCUCCAGCGGGCGCUUGCCGCCUCGGUUCCCGCGACCCCAACGUCCUAGAGGCGGGGCCGCAGUCAUCUGAGAAGCUACCUGGAUCCUGCCUCUGCGUGCCUAACAAACGGGCCCAACAACCAAACCCUAGCUUGGCGGCGGCCGUGACAACAGCGACGGUGGAUCUUCGAGCUUCGGAUUCCCCGAGACGCCCUCCGGGCCCGGGAAGCCCGGUACUGAGGAUUACAAAUUGAAUAAAUCACUCACCAAAUACAGAGCCUGUAGUUCCUUCAGCCUGUAAUUCCAGAUGAAUACCAGGUUUCCUUCAAGCAAAAUGGUACCUUUCCAUUUUCCCCCAUCAAAAUUGGCACUUUGGAACCCAAUGCCAAUUGGAGAGUGCAUCUACUUACAUCUCAGUUACUACAGAAAGCCAAAGCUUAUGGUAACUGAAAAGGCCAUCCGACUUGCUUAUCGUCAUGCUAAGCAGAAUAAAAAAAAUGUGCCAUGCUUCUUACUUGGUUCUCUCACAGUGGAUGAAGAUGAAGAAGGUGUGACAUUAACCAUAGAUCGCUUUGAUCCUGGUCGAGAAAUAUCUGAAUGCUUAGAAAGAACCCCUACUGCUUCUCUUCCUGGAGAUUUUCUGAUUCCCUGCAGAGUUCAUACUCAAGGACUUGGUUCAAGAGAUGUGAUAGUUCAUAAUGCAGAUGACUUCAGUUCAGCUUUAAAGGCUUUACAAUACCAUGUGUGUAGCAAAGAUUUCUUGGACUGUGGAAAGCUGCUUUGCUUACGAGCCCAAAUCACCCCCAGGGAGAGUUUGGAUGGUGUGGAUUUUAACUUGCAAUGGACAGCAGUAACUCUAGCAAAUUCUUUCAAGUGUGUACCUGUGAAGCCUAUCCCCAUUAUUCCUACAGCACUUGCAAGAAACUUAAGUAGUAAUCUGAAUAUUUCUCAAGUUCAGGGAACCUAUAAACAUGGAUAUAUUACUAUGGAUGAAACACGCAAAUUGUUACUUUUGCUGGAAUCAGAUCCCAAGGUUUAUUCUCUACCAUUAGUGGGAAUCUGGCUGACUGGAAUUAUACAUAUCUAUAGCCCUCAGGUAUGGGCUUGCUGCUUGAGAUACAUAUUCAGUUCUUCUAUUCAGGAAAGGGUUUUUUCAGAAUCUGGGAAUUUCAUCAUAGUUCUUUAUUCAUUGACACAUAAGGAACCUGAGUUUUAUGAAUGCCUUCCUUGUGACAGUAGGACGUCCGACCUUCAGUUUCAGUUACUAACCAACAAGGAGACUUUGCAUCUUUUCAAUAACGUUGAACUUUCUGGCAAAAACCCAAUCCACUUCGAACUCAGUGCUGAGAGUCAAGAUGCCGAAGCCGAGGCAGAGGUUCUUAGCAAGAUUUCUAAGACUCUUUCAGUUAAGAGGGCUAUAAGCUGGGAUCUGAAUGUUCAAAACUUAAGCCUACAGAGUACAUUGAAGAUUCAAACCAUUGCAGGGUGCAUAUCUGUCACACUGUAAUAUACAUUUCCAAUCCUUCCAAAAAUUAUCUCCUGGGAAAAUACCAAUAAAUAAGCAUGACACUGACCUUGAAGAUGAAGACUUUUCUCCAAGACCGAUUCCCAGUCCUCACCCAGUGAGUCAGAAGAUUUCUAAGAUCCAGCCGUCUGUUCCUGAACUAUCGCUUGUGUUAGACAACAACUUCCCAGAAUCAAGUAACCACUCCAACCCUUUGGAAAUGAUGACUGUGGAGAGUCCUUUGAUGAUUAAGCCAUCGCAGCCUGAGCUUUGUGAUGCCAAACACAGCUCAGAAGCUACCACUGGGGAGCCUUUCCUGAGGGGACCAACAAAUCAGUUAAGUCAGGACACUGCUUUAAGACAGUGCAGAGGGAAGCAGUCAUCUACCUGUAAGAAAGAGAGUCUCCAGUUCAGGAACACUAAUGCUAAACCAUCUCUCAAUGUGCCAUCCCCUGAUGUAGCUGAGAAACUUCAAGCAGUUUCUGCUGGGAGCAUGCAACAGGAAGACUACCCUGUGAGACCUUCCACACUGGACUCUAGGCAGCCCUCUCUUGCUCCACAAGCCCACCCACACAAUCUUGUGUUUUCACCUCAUAAUUCAACAAGACCAAUGGAGCUUCAAGUGCCCACUCCUUCAAUACCAUCCUACUAUCCUACAAACGUCUGCAGCUGUUGUCAGCAUCAUGGCCAUAUUCAGUACAGUACAAUAAAUUCUUGGCAGGGAAAUGCAGUAGGGUCUGUUCAAGACCUGCGAUCUGAAUCCCUUCCAAAACAUGCAUUCUUUCACUCAAGUGGAUGCCCAUCUCUAUGUCCUAAUGCCAUCUACUCGUCAAGUAGCCCUGUUACCAUGAAGCAAGGAGGCAUGGGUACCUAUUCUCCCCACAGCAAUGGAGAACUGUCCCCUGUGGCAGGACCUUCACAUGUGGACUCGUGUGUGCCACAUCCCUGUGCCAUGUGCAUACACACACCCAGUACAGCAGCAGACAAUGGCAUGAUGGGACUGUCUCCUGAUGCAUAUCGUUUUGUCACAGAGCAAGACAGGCAGCUGAGACUACUUCAGGCACAGAUUCAGCGCUUAUUAGAAGCACAGUCUCUAGAUCCUGGCUCCCGUAAGACAGUAGCCACUGUGGAAGACACUGUGAAAGCAGCAAGACAAAUGGAGCUGGUUUCCAUGGAAGCACAGUCUUCACCUGGCUUGCACAUGAGAAAAAGUGUAAGCAUUGCUGUGAGCACAGGUGCCAGCUUGUUUUGGAAUGCAGCAGGUGAUGACCAAGAGCCUGACUCACAGCCGAAGCAAGAUGAUACCAAGAUUUCCAGUGAAGACAUGAAUUUUUCUGUAGAUAUUAAUAAUGAAGCAACAAGUCUUCCUGGUAGUGCAUCUUCCUUAAAAGCAGUUGACAUUCCUAGUUUUGAAGAAAGCAACCUUGCUGUGGAAGAAUUUAAUCAGCCACUUCCCGAAUCCAACAGCUCUUCAAAGCAGACCAAAGAACCUGGUGUUCCUGUGUUCUUCCCAAAUGCAUUGCUGGCUGAAAGUGUGAGCAUGUGCUUACAGACUGCGCCAACAGAGGGAGCCAGUAACAGCACUGAAUCACCACAGGGAACAAAAGAUGAGCCUUAUGGGCCAUCAGAUAACCAGAAAAUUUACCAGGACUUGUUGGGUCAAGUGAACCACCUACUAAGUAACGCCUCCCAAGAAACCGAUGAACCACCUACCAAAGCAGUAGCUAUCAACCAUGAAUGCACCAAGACCCCAAAUACUCACCAUGCAAGGAAAAAAAGACACAAUUCAGGACUGGUAGACAAAGAUUGUGUUCUCAGUGCAACUAUUAAGCAGCUAAGGAGCCUAGGAGUGAAAAUCGACUCUCCCACUAAAGUGAAGAAAAGUGAACAGAAAGUGGAUCAUGCCAGUGUUUUGGCCAGCAUCAGCCCGGAAGCAGUGAUCUCUGGCUUAAACUACGUGUCGUUUGGUAAUGUUGGCAUGAGCAGCCUAAGCCCCACGGGUGUGGACCUAAGCAUGGAGGCCGAUGCCAUUGCUCUGAAGUACUUGAGUGAGAACCAGCUGUCACAGCUGUCUCUUGCUCGAUCAAACCAGAAUAACGGUGACUCCUCUGUCGGCCUUCUACAUAUUAAUUCAGACAGAAGCACAGUGGGGCUUAGUUUAGUUUCACCAAGCAACAUGUCAUUUGCAACGAAAAAAUACAUGAAGAGGUACGGACUCUUACAAAGCAGUGACAAUAGUGAGGAUGAAGAGGAGCCUGCCAGCCACUCAGAUAGUGAGAGCGACCAUGUGUUGAACAGAAACCCAGCAUGCAGACCGGCGCAAUGUGGUCAUGAGAAAGAGCCUUCCCGGAAUGCCCUCGAAAAAGCUCCGUGCUCUGACUGUGGCUCUGAGGACACACGCACAGAUGUGCCAGUACUGAGAAAUAUCACAAAUCAAGCUAUGCAGCCUAGAGCAACAGAGCACUUGAAUGAAGACUCUGCUAUUUCAUUAGGGAAUCUUAAGCCAAACCUGGCAGUGAACCUCCGAACUGGAAAAGCCGAGUUUACCCAUCAUCCCGAGAAGGAAAAUGAAAGAGACAUUGCAGUUUUUCCUGGAACCUUGCCGUCUCCUGAGACUUUAAAACAAAUGAAUAGCAUGAAUUCUGUGGGCACCUUCUUAGAUGUAAAGCGUCUCCGACAGUUACCUAAGUUAUUUUAACUCUUAAUUUCUCUUUUGUGGUGUGAGGACUAGGUGUGUGUUGAUGGCACUUAAGGAAUCCAGACCUUUGGGAUUAAGACAGGGUUUCUCUGUGUAGCCCUGGCUGUCCUGGAACUCAGUCCAUAGACUCGGGUAGCCUCGAACUCACAGAGAUCCACCUACCUCUGCCUUCCAGGUGCUAAGUAGGAUUAAAGGCUUGCAUCAUUGCCUGGUGGCCAUGACCUUUGGAAUUUCUAAUACCUUUUAGAGUCUUUUCCCUGUUAGUAGCUAACUAGCAUUGGUUGGGGGCUGGGGGGUGGUUGACCCAGUUGUGAGAUGGCUUGUAAGUGGGAAGGCUGGGUUCAUUCAGCAUCACUGAACCUAAAACAGAAUUGUAACUCUAAGAUCAGGUACCAAAGCUAGUCAAGUUCAAAUGUAUUCCCCUGAACCCCAGGACCUUGCAUUUGCUAAUGGGCUCCAUUACUGAGCCUGACCACUGAGCUAUAUCCUCAACUGUAGAUUUUUAAAAGAAGGUCUCAGGUCAAUCUGUAGCCUAAGCUGGCUUCAGAUUUAGAUUUCUGCCUUCUUCAUCUGGCUCAGGUAUGCACUUUACCCUGUGUCUCCCCAAAAUAGUUUUUUUUUACAUAAUCAUAGUUUGUUUCCAAACUAAGAAAUUACAUAGACAUAAUACUGAAUAGACAGCAGAACUUUUCAUUGCCUUGGGUUCUUAUUGGUGGGAUGAGGCAGUGCUGGGGUUGAACCCAGGGACCUCACACAAAGUGCUACAGCACUGAACUUUACACCUCAGUCCAUGAGGUGUUCUGUGUCCUCAUUGAUUCACAGUUUUUGUGUAUAGAUUCAUGAAAUUACAUCACAUAGCUUCCACUAACCUAAGACAUGUCCUCCCUCCAUCCUUGCCCUGAUAGCCCUACCAUCACCAGAAUGUAUUUAGCAUUUUACCUUUCAUUUGGAGUAAGACAGUACAUUUCAAAAUGUACUGUCUUACUCUAAAUAAUAUCCUGAGAUCUAUCCAAGUAUUGAGUGUGUUGGUAAUUCUUUUCUUAUUCUUUACUUCCACUCCCUCCAAGUUGUUUCAAAUUGUUGUUUCUAAAGAAAAAAAAAACCCUCAUUGACUUGAAAGAUUUAGGUUUCUGUUGAAGUUAAAAUGUGGUUGCCCUGUAUUAAAGCUUGUCUCAUAACUGAAAAAAA